AUCGCCGUGGUGGGGGCCAGCGGUGUGGGCAAGACCGCUCUGGUGGUCCGGUUCCUCACCAAGCGAUUCAUCGGAGACUAUGAAAGAAAUGCAGGUAAUCUCUACACCAGACAAGUCCAGAUAGAAGGUGAAACCCUGGCAAUACAAGUUCAGGACACUCCAGGUAUUCAGGUCCAUGAAAAUGGCUUGAGCUGCAAUGAACAGUUAAAUCGGUGCAUCCGGUGGGCAGAUGCUGUGGUGAUUGUUUUUUCCAUCACUGACCACAAGAGCUAUGAACUCAUUGGCCAGCUCCACCAGCAUGUCCAGCGGCUCCACCUGGGCACCCGGCUGCCCAUGGUGCUCGUGGCUAACAAAGCUGACCUGUUGCACAUCAAGCAGGUUGACCCUCAGCUUGGACUGCAGCUGGCCAGCAUGCUAGGCUGCUCCUUCUAUGAAGUGUCUGUCAGUGAAAAUUACAAUGAUGUCUAUAACGCUUUCCAUGUCCUGUGUAAAGAAGUAAGUCACAAACAGCAGCCCAGCAGCACGCCUGAGAAGCGAAGAACCUCUCUCAUUCCUCGGCCCAAGUCGCCCAACAUGCAGGAUCUGAAAAGAAGGUUCAAGCAAGCUCUCUCUGCCAAAGUGAGGACUGUCACCUCUGUUUGAAAUGUGAGCGCUUGGGGGUUUGGUCUUUGAGGAAGAGGCCCAGAGGCGCCUCUAGGUUGGGAACAUUGGAUGCUGGCGGUAGUUCAUGGUUCCAGAAAGGGCCGGAGCAGAAGGGCCCAGGGGCCUGUGGAACUGCUGCAGAAGAGGAAGUGCUGUGUGGAGCAGGGGAACAGAUGGAUGGGGCCUGAGAGAGCCCAUCAAGCCACUGUGUACCUGUGAUGUGUCUGUGUCUUGUCCUUAGAGUGGGGAAGAAGGUGGAUGUGUUUUGGUUUUUGUUCUUAACUGCCUUGUAAAUGAUGGUCAGCUGUAGUUUCAAUCAGAUAUAUUGGAAUGGUUUAUGGUGAGAAUGAAAGAGCAGAUUAAGUAUUCGUAGGCUUCCCUUUCUCCCCUCCCUUUUCUUUGUUUUCUCCCCCAAAGGAAGAAUUAAUUUUUUCUUAUUGACAUGAUUUGCAUCUGUAGAAAACUUCCUUACAGAAUACCUUUCUAGCCUGAAGGAUACCAAGAUUUCUUUCUUUUUUUUUUUUUUUUU